AUGCCAUUGAUCCUAAGAGUGUGUCCGAAUUGGGCGCUUUCCCGAUUUGGCAAUUCCGCGCGUGCAUCAAGCAAAUAUAACAUGUUCGUCAACUUUCCCUUUCCAAUGACCCUAUUAGUUUUGUCAUAUAGUUGGCAUCCAUUGCCACUAAAUUCUACCCUUCCUCCUCCAAUUGCUAAGCGAGGAAUUGAGAGUAAGCAAUUGGUGCUUUCGGGACAUGCAACACAUUCCGCAAAGUGUGUUUGA